CCCUUUGACCGGCCAAAUGGGAAUUGUAGUUGGGGCCCAGAAUUCCUAGCGGCGCCUCUGGAUGCUUCUUAUUAUCUGUCAUCAAGCGAGACGUCUGUCUUCCAUUGUUUGUCUUCCGUAAGCACAGAAUCCACAGCGUGGAGCACACGCUACAGUGUCUACCGCCAUUGGAGUAAUACAAUGUCGAAUAGUGAAUUAAGUUAGGUAGGGAGGAUCUGUUCGCAGCGAGACUGGACGUUUAAACCACAGAGCCUUUCAAAUUCAAGCCCGCCGAUUGAAAGAAGACUUGGGAAUGGUGAGAGGAGCCUUAGGGGAUGUACGCAGGGACUGUGAGCUGGACGAUACUGUCUGAAGUGAGACUUCCGUUCCAACACUGCGUAGGGGAAUACCUUGCUCGAGGAGGAAUUACAAUGUCAAUAUGGCAACUUUGGCUCAGAGCGGUGACCCAUUGGAAAGAACUGGAUAUCCAGUGGCAGAAGCUUCAGCGGGCGCCACAGCCAACCUCAAAAUGAACAAAAGGGUGUCUGUUGUCAAAGGCCACUUCCCAAAGCUCGCUGACUGUGCUCACUUCCACUACGACAACGUAGACCUCGGCGCCAUCGUGCUCCAGUAUCUCAGUGAACAGGACCAUGGGGAAGCCAAGUGGGGGGCAGGACCCUCCUCAAAGGUCUCUUUGGUACAGGUCACCUGCCAGGGUAAGUCAUGGCUGGUCAGAAGGUCGUACGAGGAGUUCUGCACGUUGGACGCCCACCUGCAUCAGUGUAUCUACGACAGGCGCUACUCCAGACUGGCACCGCUGCAACCGCUGGGACAGACGGAAGACAAGACGGAGAUGGUCUGCACUCUGCUGGCGGAAUACCUCCGUCGACUGUCGGGCAUCAUCGACAACAAACUCAACUGCGGACCUGUGCUCUCGUGGAUGGAGAUCGACAACCGAGGGAACCGUUUCCUGCUGAAGGAGGAGGCGUCUCUCAACGUGCCAGCCAUCGCUGCUGCCCGUGUUGUGAAGCGCUACACUGCGCAGGCCUCUGAUGAGAUAUCUAUAGAGGUUGGAGAUAUCCUGUCUGUGAUUGACAUGCCGCCCAAAGAAGAGACCAGCUGGUGGCGAGGAAAGCAUUGCUUUCAGGUGGGCUUCUUCCCCAGUGAAUGUGUAGAGCUGAUCAAUGAGAAACAGACGGGCAGUGUGUCCGGCUCUAAGACAGAUCAAGAUGGAACCAGCUGUCCCGGACCUGACUCUCCCACAUCAGUGUGUAAGAAACACGGCAAGAUGCUGGGGUUUCUGAAGACCUUCAUCAAAUCCAGACCAUCCAAACAGAAGCUGAAGCAGAGGGGGAUACUCAGGGAACGGGUGUUCGGCUGUGACCUCGGGGAACAUCUGCUCAAUUCUGGACUAGAUGUUCCUCAGGUUCUGGUCAGCUGCUCGGAGUUCCUGGAGCAGCACGGAGUGGUGGACGGCAUCUACCGGCACUCCGGAGUCUCCUCCAACAUCCAGAAACUACGUCAUGAAUUCGACAGUGAGAUAGUUCCCGACCUCACUAAGGGAAUCUACAUGCAAGACAUCCACUGUGUCGCCUCCUUGGGUAAACUGUACUUCCGAGAGCUGCCCAACCCCCUGCUCACCUACCAGCUGUACGACAAGUUUGCAGACUGUAUGGGAGAAAUGACUGACGAUGAACGCAUGGUCAAAGUCCAUGAUGUCAUCCAACAGCUACCCCCUCCUCACUACAGAACCCUGGAGUAUCUGAUCCGCCACCUAUCGAGGCUGGCUACGAGGAGCGGAGAAACCAACAUGCACAUCAAGAACCUGGCUAUUGUUUGGGCUCCCAACUUACUGAGGUCCAAGGAGAUUGAGACUGCCGGCCUGGUGGGUUCUGACCCCUUCAGGGAGGUUCGGGUCCAGUCGGUCAUUGUGGAGUUUCUCUUGAGCCAUGUCAAUGUGCUAUUCUCCGACUCGUUCACUUCUGUUGGAAAAUUCACACAAGCCCCAGGCCAGCUGCACCUGGCCAGACCCAAGUCCUUCGUGUCGGCGCGGCUCCUCUCUCUGGAGGAAGCCCAGGCCCGCACCCAGGCCCCUCUCAUGCUGCAGGCAGCCCCCCUGCACCCCCUGCACCCCCUGCAGGAGCAGUACCACACGGUGCUGGCGGUCCAGGACAACAGAGCUAAGAAGGUUAUAAAAGGAAGGAAGACUGCGGCAAGCUGGAAAACUAUUUUUGAUUUCGGAAAACCAAUGAGAAUCGGCUCCCUGUUCCAGCCAAACAUGGCUCACUUUGGUUGCCGUGUUGACAGCGUGACCCUGAGGUCCGCCAAGAGUGAGGACAGCCUGUCCUCGCAGCACAGCGGCUCAGGAUCCGCUCAGUACCUGCGGUCGCGGCGUCCCCGACCAAGCAGCGACGGGCUGUCGUUGGGCGCCAGCGUCAACAUGGAGUCCGCCUGGCCACACCCCAACGCGCGCCUGUCCUCCAGCCGCUCCUAUGACAGCCUGCUGCCCAGAGACCAUGGCCUUGGGAACCAGGGGGAAACGGGGGAAGACGGGGACGAUGAAGAAGAGGAAGGAAUCUACUCCAUGCCUGAAAUACCGAGUCAGGGCAUCGCGUCCCGCUGGAUGGCAGAAGACCUGGACGACUUCAGCCCCACCUUCCCGGACGACCGGCCCCUGGGACUGGGCUCCACCAGGACCUCCCCGCCCUCCGGCCGGCACGCCGCCUAUUACCACGGCCGCCGGCCCCCACGCCCAAUCACGGAAGACCCCGACUCUGUGCUCAACCAAUCGGAAGCCAUCGCCCGGAGGAGCCUGAUCCUGGCGGCGACGGCUCCGCCCCAGCAGGCGUUCGUCCAGCACCAGGCCUCCCACAGCUGCCCGGUGCAGGGGGACCUGAGCGGCCAGAGACCUGCGGACGUCCACCAGCCCCACGAGAGGAUCUCCUUCACCAAGAAGAUGGUUCACGCCCUCUCCCCCAAGACCAGCAAGGCUCCCACGCUGGACAUCUCUCAGCCCGUCGCCAUCAGCGUCCCCGCCAAGGUCUUGGAGAUGAUUGGCGGUCGAGCCGGCGAAUCACAGCACUUGGCCACUUCUGAUUCGCCGCAGUCACCCCAAAUGAUCUCCAUGUUGCUGAGGUCGUGUGACAUUCAGCUGAGUGACACCUGUCAGCAAGAGCUCAACAGUAAGCUCGGGGCCACAGCUCUGGGGAUGGCUAAAGGUCCUAACGGAGCCCCCCCGGCGGUCCAGAAGCCCCCCCUGCCCAAGAACCCGGCCCGCCUGAUGGCCCUGGCCCUGGCGGAGAGCGCCAACCGGGCGGAGGGCGCCUUGCUGCCCUACAGACCGCCUCAGACCGGCUACAGACCCCCGCCGCACCCGGGCUACUCUCACCAGGUGGGGGCUCCACUGCAUGAGACGGGGGACCCCCCCUCUGGGGGCACGGAUCCAGAGUCCAAUCAGCAGCCAGGCCUGUCCCCUGAGGCGAAACCACCCCCUCCCUAUUCCACUGAGCCCAAGCACGUGGACAUGGGAACCCUCUCCUCGACGACCUCCGGCUCCGACCCCGUGACCUCCGACCUCUCCCGGGUCAACUCCUCGGAGGACGACCAGAGCUCCGACCCGUUCUACAGCAGCGUCCACGUCGCCUCCCGGGACAGCCCCGUGCGGACCGACCACCGGCAGCCCCCGGCCUACGGGCGCCAGCUCUCCGCCCCUCCGUCGACGGCGAGCGGCGCCAACGCCAACGCCAACGCCGCCGCCGCCGCCGCCACCCCCGGCCUCCGCCAGCAGAGCGACUCGGUGCCCCAGCUCUGCUCCGGCGCCCCCCAGCCCGCCGGCGGACCCCCCUCCCAGCCCCAGCUGCACCACUCCAGCUCCGAGAGCUCCCCCCUCUCCAGGGCCCGCCUCCCCCCGCCGUCGGGCCGGCCCCGGGUCCCCGCCAAGCCCUCGGACCUGGUGGCCCCCAAGAGGGAGCCCCCCUUUCAACGGGGGGGCCGCGACCUGCCCCUCCAGGUGGCCCCCGCGGGGCCCCAGAGGGAGCAACCGCACCCCUUCGCCCGGACCAACCUGCGGCGCUCUCUGGACUCGGGGAGGGUGCGCUGUCUGAUCGGCCCGCCCGACUUCCAGAGCCCCUUGGUGCGGGCCUUCUCGGAGCGGCUGGGCGGGGUUCCUGACAAGCUGGCCCGCUACCACGCGGCUCAGGCGGCCAAUCAGCUGGGGGCCGGCGGCCUGCCUCCCUCCGCACUGGCGCUGGCGGCACAGCACCACUUUGCACAGGCCAGCAUCAAGGCGGAGCGUCUGCGAGACAAGCAGAACCCGUACCACGAGAUCGGGGGCCCCGAGGGGGAGGAGCCCUACCCCUUCCGCCCGCCCAGUUACUCCAGGCACGCCUUCGGCCCCCCCCGGCCCGACCUGGAGGGAAGCCUUUUCCCCGCGCCCCGCCUCCAGCCCCGCCCCCAGCCCCACUCCUCCCCCGAGGCCUACCACGGCCCCGCCCCCUCCCACCACGCCCUCCCAGAGGCGAGCCACUUCCCGCCCUCCCACGGCGACCCGGGCCCGCCCCCGCAAGCGUCGUUCAGCCGGCUGCCGGCCGGCAGCGAGAUGCACCCCAUCCCGGCCUCCUGCUUCAGCGCCCUCACCCCCGCCGCCGCCGCCGCCGCCGCCGCCUCCCGCACGUUCUCCUCGCCGCGUAAGGCGCGCCACGCCCCCGCCGCCGCCUCUCUGCACGCCUCCAACCCCCCCAACCCGCAGCCCGCGCCGCUGCACCCCUACUUCGAGAACGGCCGCGUGUGUUACCGCGACCAGCCCGAGGACGCGCCGGCGACCGCCGCCGCCGCGCACCGCGCCAAGAGGCCGGCGCCCCCCGCCCGACGCCACGGCCCCCAGCGGCCCUACAGACCGCCGGCGGAGCCCCGGCAGCCCGUCUACGUCAACUACCCCUUCAGCCUGUCGCCGUCCGCCCCCCCUCCCCCGGCGGCGGCGGCGGCGGCCUCCUCCUCCGUGGCGCUCCCCGUGGGCCGGGGCUGGGCCACCAGCGACCUGGACACCCCCCGGGAGCGCUCGCCGCUCACCUCGCCCGGGGACAGCCGCUCCUCCGGCUCCCUCCCGUCCCCCCCGGGGGGCGGCGGCGGCGGCGGCGGCGGGCGGGCCGGGGACGACCGGGCUCCGGGGGGGCCCGACCGGGGGCCGUGCGCGGCGGCGGCGGCGGCGGCCAAGCGCUCCUGGUCCGAAGACGAGGACACCGAGCCGCUCUCGGGUCAGAACCUCGCCGAGCUGCUCAUGGCCAAGAUGGCGGCGGAGGAGGACGGCAACGAGGCGGACAGCGACAGCCCGAGCCGCCCCGGCCCUUCCUCCUCCUCCUCCUCCCGCCGCCAGACGCACUUCAGGGGCCGCCAGUACCCGGGCGCCGACGCCGUCCCCCCGCCGCCGCCCUACGCCGCCGCCUUGUUCAGCUGCUCCUCCUUCCAGCAGGCGGGGGCCUCGCGCCGCGCCUCCUCGGGGGGCGGGGGCCAGUACCACCGCCAGGCCUACGACGUCCAACCCCCCCAGGACCCCUUGCUGCGGUUCCAGCGAGCCCCCGACCCGCCGUCCCGUCUGAACCCCCGCUCGCACAGCUCGCGCAGCUGCCACAACCCGCUCUACCCUCCCCGCCGCUCCCCCCACGCCUACCCGCCCCCGGGGCUCUUCGGCCUCCCCAGCGGCGACCCCGGGGGCUACCUGGCCCAGAACAUGCACCAGGCGGCGGCGGCGGCCGCGGGGCCACGCCCGCCCCACCAGGCUCAGGGCUCCCCCCCGGGGGAGACGGCGCCGGAGACGGCGUCCCUGAGGGGGGUGGUGGGGCAGAACGGGGUGCCGGGGGCCAAGUGGAGCCAGACGCGGUCCUACUGCUAGGACUGAUGAGUGGUCAGUAGGAGUUAGCCAGUAGG